AUGGCGGAGACAGCAGUGGACGUGGACGCAAACAUGGAGCUGCUGGUGGAUCUGGUGGAUGACCGGAGCGUGGACAGCCCGGACAGAAGGCCCUCGCUGAAGGAAAGCGUCCACAGCGACUCCCUGCUGGCUCCGGAUGCAGACUUCAUGACAGGAGAAGGCCAUGAGAAGUUUGUGAUGGACAGACGGCAGGUGGACACAGGGGGCGCUAAAGGGAGCAGGAAGAACGAGCGCUUGUGCUGCAGAGAGCAGAGGAAGAGGAGAAAGACCACGGUGAUGGCCGAGGAGGGACCCCAGCAACCAGGGCCCAAGGAGACAUGCUCGCCGGUGCCUCCCACGCAGGACGACCGUAGCUCCGCGGCCUCGGGUCUGGACGUGGUGGACCGGCUCACGUACCUGGAGCAGAGGAUGCAGAUGCAGGAGGAUGAAAUCCAGCUGCUGAAGAUGGCUCUGGCUGAUGUUCUGAAGAGGCUCAACCUCACAGAGGAGCACCAGGCCUCUGCCACUGCUGCUACAGCUGCUCGGAGAGCCGGGGGGAAAGCCAGGCCCGUGUCUCUGGCGCUCGUCUCCAGACCCACGGCCUUGAAGAAGAGCUGCACUGCGCCCUCUAGCGGCUCAGCGAGGACGUACAGCCCCACGCCGUCUGCCUGCAGUAGUGUGCGGAGUCCCCCAGGCAGCGUGAAGGACAGUCCCUGCAAAACCAAAACCCGGCCCCUCUCCUCCACUGCUUCCUCUGGCAAGAAGUCUGACCAGGAGAGCACUAAACCCAAAGAGGCCGCCGUAACUCUCGGGACAAGGAGAGUCACGCACUGCAAAGUGACGAUGCAGAUCUAUCUGAGCCCGCAUGCAAAAAGGACUGGGUGUUCUGAGGACGCCCAGACCCCGACUGCUGUGAGUGCCCAAUCCAAGAACCAAUCCACCACCACCACCAAGCCUCCAAACCUGCCCAAAGGAAGAGGCUCCAACAGCGCCAAGGACGGGAAGAAGAAAUCCAACCCGAAAUUCACCUUAAACCUGCAAAAGAGCAGCACCACGGUCAGCCACGCCCAGGAGAAGUCCAGCUACCAGAGUCCAGUCAAGUCGCCCAGCCAGUACUUCCAGAUCUGCUACUAA